AUGUCGGCUGCUUAUCAAGAAUGUGGAACCCGCCUCUUGCUGUCCGCUGAAAGGGACCUGGAUGAGCUGGUGGCCCACGACAGCGUUUUGUGUGUACUGUCGCGCUGUUGUGAUGCUUACCAGUUUUCUGGAGGGGCGUGCGACGCUGUGCCGAUUUCAUCACCAAUGUUUGCAACGGGAUUUCCGUUUCACCCGUUUACCGUGGGACGGGCAGGGCUGGCGCCCGACUUCCUCGCCAAGCCGGUGUGUGUGGCUGUCCGCACGGAGAGCUGGGUAGUUCUAGUGGCCCUAGCUAAACCUCAGGACCAUCGAUGGGGAACGGGCGGAAACAGUAAAAAAGAGAGAAGACGCGGCCGUGGAAGGUACAGAGGUAGGAAGUGUGGUCGAGGUCACAAAGGAGAAAGACAAAGAGGAAAUCGCCCCCGAUUAGGCUUUGAGGGUGGUCAAACUCCAUUUUAUUUGGCCAUACCAAAGUAUGGGUUUAAUGAAGGACAUAGCCUCAGACGCCAGUAUCAACCGCUCAGCCUUCAGAGGCUGCAGUACCUGAUUGAUUUGGGCAGAGUUGACCCCAAGCAACCGAUUGACUUGACGCAGCUCACUAACGCCAGAGGUGUCACGGUGCAACCUCUCAAGAGGGAUUAUGGUGUCCAGCUGGUGGAGGAGGGUGCUGAUAUCUUUUCAGCAAAAGUAAAUAUUGAAGUGCAGAGGGCAUCUGAAUUAGCAAUCGCAACCAUAGAAAAAAAUGGAGGUGUUGUAACAACAUCAUUCUAUGAUCCCAGGAGUCUGGAAAUUCUGUGUAAGCCAGUAGUGUUUUUUCUGCGUGGCAAGCCUAUUCCAAAGCGAAUGCUUCCGCCUGAAGAUCUAGUCCGUUACUACACAGAUGCCAGGAAUCGCGGGUACCUGGCAGAUCCAUCUAAGGUUGCAGAAGCCAGGCUUGAACUUGCCAAGAAAUAUGGCUAUGUCUUACCAGACAUAACUAAGGAUGAACUCUUCAAAAUGUUAAGCACACGCAAGGAUCCGAGACAGAUAUUUUUUGGUCUUGCUCCAGGAUGGAUCGUAAACAUGGCAGACAAGAAAAUUCUAAAACCAACCGAUGAGAGGCUGUUAAAAUACUAUAGCUCAUGAAUUCAGGACUGGAGACAACUGCAGGUGUACAGGAAACAUCUGGGUAUGAAAUAAUGGAGAUGAAGUGGUGUUUGUUUUUAUUAAGACUCCUGUUAUACUAGACAACACAAAUGUUUGUUUAUGUAAUCUUCUGGUGUAGCUCUCAACUUUUUUAUUGUCAUAAUACAGUGUAUGACAAGUCUUAACAUUUGGAAACAGUGUAGAGUCUGACAUAAAGUGUGCGUUCCAGCACUUUCUCUU